AUGUGUCAAAUUGGGAAACAUCAGGAUGAUGAGCAGAUUCAGAUGUUGAAGAAGACUUUUGCCAUGUUUGACAGUGGAAAAACUGGUCAAAUUGACAUGGACAAGAUCAAGACAAUUCUGAAUACCCUUGGUCAGAACUUCGAUGAGGAUGAACUGGCAGCUUUGUGUGAAGAGAAUGACACAGAAGCCACUGGGAAAUGCAACUUUGAAUCCUUUUCCUUAAUUGUUGGACACUUCCUGGAGGAAGAGGAUGCAGAAGCAAUGCAACAAGAACUGAAGGAAGCUUUUCGUCUGUAUGAUAAAGAAGGCAAUGGCUACAUCACGACUGCUGUCCUUCGUGAAAUCCUCAGUGUUCUGGAUGAUAAGCUCACCCCUGAUCAACUUGAUGAAAUGAUUGAUGAAAUUGACACUGAUGGUUCUGGGACUGUUGAUUUUGAAGAAUUCAUGGAGAUGAUGACUGGAGAAUGAACAUCCCACCUGACUUUGCUGUAUUCUUGCCUACAUUUGUGGAUACAGAAGAUUAAUACAUGCGACAAUGAUUUUUGUAGAUGUUGUAGCAGUGGUUGUAUUCAUUUGGAACAAUUGUGUUCCCCCUGCAUGAGUUGCAAAAUGGAAAAAAAACACCAACAAGAUUAUGGGCACCAAAACAAA